AUGCUCGUCGCCAACAAAAAGAAGAGCUUUCUGAUGAAGCUGCUCAAGUUCGUCGGAAGAGGAAGUGAGUCCCAGUUCAAAAAGUAGCCCCCCAUCUGCACCUUUUUCCUUUCCAUCCGACCAAAAUUUGAUGUGUUUGCGCUCGGGUUUUUUGUCUUUACGAUUCAAAACCGCACGUGCCUCCUGCUGCCUCCUGACCUUUAGUUUUGGCUCACUGAUCCUGAGCGUUGGCGCAUGACUGAGAAGUGGUCAAACAGUCUCCGAGCGAGAUGGUUUGUUGUUUUGAAGCUUCCCCCUUCUUCUUCUUUCCUUCUUCCACGUACUAAUUGUGAAAAGUGAGAGAAAAGGGGGGAAGACGCAGAGAAAGAAAGGAAUUCGGGCGAUGGGCUAUAAAGUGGAGUACUCGAAGACCUGUGCCGAUCAUCAUCAAAACCGUUUCACUUUCAGAUCAAGUCCAAUCCUCCAAGUCGUGUCUUGCGCAAAUCUAUGAGCAACGAAAGAAGCAGAGACAGAGGUAGGUGGCAAAAGUGGAUGAAACGUGCGGGAAAGCAUCUCCUAAUGACCGAAUGUUUGCUUCCGUUCUGUUUUGCAGCGCGGAUUAGCGAGCUCUUAGAAACGAGCAAUUUCAUGAGUUGGUUUAGCAGGCAAACCAUUCAAAACACCCCGUCAAUGUACGUGUUUUGAACGGCGCCGUACUAACCGCCGACCUGACAAAGCCAAUUUUACUACACUCACAAAACAAUCGAAUUCUUUGCGUGGGUCCAGUAAACAACAAAAAGAUGAUGAUGAUGUGUGGCGCUUAUUUUUCAAUUUAUUUUAUUUAAUUUCAGGUCGUCGAUUAACUCGCAGUUCUCGCACAUCGAGCCAAUGCCGACCAUUCUGGAGGAGGACGAGUUCUCGGUGGCCGCCGAGUGCCGUUGA